CACUGGACUCAACUGGACUUGCUUACCCGGCUGGACUGCACUGGACUAGGUCUCUACCAUACUGGACUGGACUGGGUUACUGCACUGGACUAGAUCUGCACCAUACUGGACUGGACUGGGUUACUGCACUGGACUAGGUCUCUACCAUACUGGACUGGACUGGGUUACUGCACUGGACUAGGUCUGCACCAUACUGGACUGGACUGGGUUACUGCACUGGACUAGGUCUCUACCAUACUGGACUGGACUGGGUUACUGCACUGGACUAGGUCUGCACCAUACUGGACUGGACUGGGUUACUGCACUGGACUAGGUCUGCACCAUACUGGACUGGGCUGUACCCAUCUGUUCUACAGGGCUUUGUCGUAUUGAGCUGGACCAGACUGGGCUGCAUUGGACCAGGCUGCAUCUAAGCUGGGAAAGACUACUGGAAAAUAAGGAACCCCCCCUUCACUCUCCUCCCCCCAUCCCUCCUUCUUUCUCUCUGUCACGCCUUCUUAGCAGCACCUCUCAGUGCUCUCCAGCAGAAGAACAGAACCGACCUGAACGCAUCCAUCCAUCCGUCAACCGGAGGAAGAGAGAGACAGAAAGAAAAAAAGUGAGGAGUCUUUUUGCAGGAAAUACAUUUAUUUUUGUUCAGUAAAAAAACCUAAAAGUGGACUAGGGGAACGAUUUUGGAUUGGAGAUUUGCCUGGUUGUUUAGCUUUUCACAUUUUAGCAGACUGCUGUGGACGGCCACUAGCUGUUCCAGACUGUUACUGGCUGUUAUCUACGGUCUCCAGUGCUUGUGGACUGUGGCGCACGGUCGUCCAGGUUGACUGACUGCAUUCGGCUGUUUCUGGUGGUGGUGGGGGUGUACCCGUGGCGGGUAUGGCCCAGCAGGCUGGUGUUGGGGUGGGGGUUGACACCCUGGCAGUGCCCCCCAUGGCUAAACAUAUCGGUCUGAACGAGGACCUGGUGAAAAUCCUGAGAGAGAAUCUGCUUCAGCCAGAGAGGACCCGUGGCCACCGCCGUUCACCGUCCUCCAUCUCCCCCCGCCUCUCCCCCCGGAACUCUCCACGCCUGCUCCGCCGCAUGAUGAUCAACAACAGCAACCACAAAAAAAGGAGGUUCACCGUCGCACACACAUGUUUCGAUGUGGACAACGGCACAUCGUCGGGACGCAGCCCACUGGACCCCAUGGCCAGCCCGGGGUCUGGGCUCAUACUGCAGGGCAACUUUGUCCACAGUCAGCGGAGAGAGUCCUUCCUCUACCGCUCCGACUCGGACUAUGACCUGUCACCCAAGUCCAUGUCCAGAAACUCCUCCAUCGCCAGUGACAUUCAUGGCGACGAUAUGAUUGUAACACCAUUUGCACAGGUUCUGGCCAGUCUAAGAACUGUACGAAAUCAUUUUGCUGCAUUAAGCAAUUGUUCACAAGACAGAGCGUCCAACAAGAGAUCACCCAUGUGUAAUCCACCACCCAUCACCAAGACCACCUUCACAGAGGAGGCCUACCAGAAACUGGCCACCGAGACGUUGGAGGAGCUGGACUGGUGCCUGGACCAGCUGGAGACCCUGCAGACCAGACACUCAGUUGGCGAGAUGGCCUCCAACAAGUUCAAGAGAAUGUUGAACAGGGAGCUCAGCCACCUGUCUGAGAUGAGUCGCUCAGGGAACCAGGUGUCAGAGUUCAUCUCCAGCACCUUCCUGGACAAGCAGCACGAGGUGGAGAUGCCGACUCCCCAGACGCAGAAGGAGAAGGAAGACAAGAAGAAUAGACCCAUGUCUGAGAUCAGUGGAGUGAAGAAACUGCAGCACAGCUCCAGCCUCACCAACUCUAACAUACCCCGCUUCGGAGUCAAGAGCGAGACAGAGGACGAACUGGCUAAGGAGAUGGAGGAUGUAAAUAAAUGGGGCCUUAACGUUUUCAAAGUCACUCAGUUCUCUGGGAACAGGCCCCUGACCGUCAUGAUGCACACUAUAUUCCAGGAAAGAGACUUGUUAAAAACUUUUAAAAUUCCACUCGACACUUUUAUAACCUACCUGAUGACCUUAGAAGACCAUUACCAUGGCGAUGUGGCCUACCACAACAACAUCCAUGCUGCUGAUGUCACCCAGUCCACUCACGUGCUGCUAUCCACCCCCGCUCUAGAGGCUGUGUUCACAGACCUGGAGAUCCUAGCUGCCAUAUUUGCCAGUGCUAUUCAUGACGUGGACCACCCUGGAGUCUCCAACCAGUUCCUCAUCAACACCAAUUCGGAGCUGGCCCUCAUGUACAAUGACUCGUCAGUCCUGGAGAACCACCACCUGGCUGUGGGCUUCAAGCUGCUUCAGGAAGAGAACUGUGACAUCUUCCAGAACCUGACCAAAAAACAACGACAAUCACUGCGCAAGAUGGUCAUCGACAUCGUCCUAGCGACUGACAUGUCCAAGCACAUGAACCUCCUGGCUGACCUGAAGACCAUGGUAGAGACCAAGAAGGUGACCAGCUCUGGAGUUCUACUCCUGGACAACUACUCUGACAGGAUCCAAGUUUUGCAGAACAUGGUGCACUGUGCAGACCUGAGUAACCCCACCAAGCCCCUGCAGCUGUACCGCCAGUGGACCGACCGCAUCAUGGAAGAGUUCUUCACCCAGGGGGACAGGGAGAGGGAGAGAGGCAUGGAGAUCAGCCCUAUGUGUGACAAACACAACGCCUCUGUCCAGAAGAGCCAGGUGGGCUUUAUUGACUACAUCGUCCACCCUCUAUGGGAGACGUGGGCAGACCUGGUCCACCCUGACGCUCAGGACAUCCUGGACACUCUGGAGGACAACAGGGAGUGGUACCAGAGCACCAUCCCCCAGAGCCCUUCACCCACCCUGGACGAGCCUGAGGACGGCAGCCGUCCCCCUGGAGGGGACAAGUUUCAGUUUGAACUCACCCUGGAGGAGGACGGGGAAUCAGACACGGAGAAGGACAGUGGCAGCCAACCCGAGGAAGAGGAUGAAGAAGAGGAGAACAGUUGUAGUGACUCAAAAACACUCUGUACGCAGGACUCAGAGUCAACAGAGAUACUACUGGACGAACAGGUGGGGGAGGAGGAGGAAGAGGAAGUGGAGGGAGAGUCCUCUUCAUCACAACCUUGUGUAGUGGAGGAGGAAGAGGAGGGGGAGGAAGGGGAAGAGAAGGGCGAGGAGAAACCAGCCGAUACAUAGCAGUGUAUGCACUGCAACUAAACUUUUCUUCUUAGUAACCAGAGAUGAUUAUUUCUAGAGUAUUUUGGGGGAUUUAUGGACUAUGUCUGUUAUUUUUAAAAUAUAUUUAUGUUUAGGGUUCCAAAGCGCACGCUGUUCACCCCUUGGCCACUCCUCCCUCCUCAUCCUUGGUCAGCUUCUCAGACACACCCAUUGGUACUUCUACAACUUUUUUGCACUCAGGAAAACUCUUUUCCAUUCCCGUUUGUACCGGAGUAGUCUGUGUGUUAUUUCACUUCAAAACCUAGUCCUAGUGUGUUGAAGUUACAUUAAGGAUUAUGAUUAGAGAUUAGAGUGUGUUUCAUGCUGUUCAUAUACAGUAUAUCUCUACUCCUUUCAGCCUUGGCUGACCAAUGGCGGUGUUUCUGUGUGUUAUUAAGUGCCCAUUCUUCAGAAGUCACUAUAGUGUCUGUUUUUCUUAGUUGUUUGUAUUUAUCAGCAAAGCAACACGCUACGUUGUUGUGUGGUCUGGAUGAAUGAAAUCCCAACAGGACACGUCACGAUGGAGAGAGGCGCUGCAGCACAUUGAGAGAAAAAUGCAUUGUGGGAAUUUAUCAAGACACUUUUCUGAAGUUGAAGUCUUCCUUGAAAACCUGACUAAAAAGGCUAAGAUCUUACAGCUCUAAUGCUCGGUUUAACCUCGAUAGAGUUUUUGUAUCGUACCAUACAUAACAUGGAGAUCUAUUGUAGAUUCUACUUUUGUUAACCAAGAAAAAAAAAAGUGACUUUUGAAAACAUUUGAAAGGCACUUGAAAACUGUUGAUGAGAAAUGCCUCAUCUGCCACUGCUUUUCUGUGUGUAAAAGGGUAACUUUUUAUUGUUUUGGGGGAGUAUUGGGGAGUAUUCUCAGACUUCCAAAUCAAGCCCUUGCCCCUACCCUCCACGCAGUAGAUCUGAGAGGAUUGGAUAGAUAUUAGCGGAUCCAAUCCUCUCAGAUCUACAGGAGUGCCUAAAGGGUAGGUGCUAGGGCUUGAUUUGGGAUCGCACGUUUAUCAAAAAGCAUUUACACUAUUACUCCCAUACCACUGUCCCCAUGUUCGGUUGUCAUAAUCGUGCAACAAUCAUUUCAAGGAUCGUUUUCCCUGAAGAAAAACAUGACACAUGUUGACACAUACUUGACUUUACGUUGAAUGAAAUCAUUUUGUCUGACUGACCAGAAAGAAUCCUUGAAGUUCUACUUAUUGUUGCCUGCAGUAAAUAUGAGCGCAUGUCAUCUUACAAUGCAAUGCUCGUUAGAAGCAUUGGAGUGCUGCAUUGGAGUGCUGCAAGUUUACAGAGGUGAUGUCACCACACUCUGCUGUACUGUGGAAGUCUAUGGGGGGGGGGGGG